AUGUGUCCGAGGAGCGCGCCGCUCGCCCUGCUCGCCGGCGCCGCGACGCUGCUGCUCGCGACCGCGCAGCGCUACCCGCAGGACUACGACGACGUGGACGCCGGCGUAGCGCCGCCCGCGCGGGCCGGCUACGACCGCCCGCAGCAGUACCCGGCGCGGCGCGAGCUGGACCGCGCGCGCACGUCGACGGCGCCGCAGGUGCGCGCCUUCCUGCGGCACGUGGACGCCGUCACGGCCCAGGAGUGCACCAAGAACGUGCUGGCGCAGUGGGCGUACGAGACGAAUGUGAACCCGCUCACGCAGGAGGCGGCGACGGCGUCGCAGCUGCAGUACGCCGCCUUCCAGCGGGCGGUGAAGGAGAAGCUGGACCAGAUAACCAGGGACGAGGUGCCUGACGACAAGCUGUGGCGGGAGAUACGGAUCCUGACCACCAUCGGCCCGUCGGCGCUGCCCCCGCACCUGCUGGACAGGUAUAACAAGAUAAUAAAUGAUAUGCUCACGGUGUUCAACUCAGCGACUAUAUGUGCUUACGAGAACCCGUUCAACUGUGGCUUGAAGCUCGAUCCAGACCUGACGCUGAUCAUGGCCCGCAGCCGCGACUGGGACGAGCUGCAGCACGUGUGGGUGGAGUGGCGGCGCAAGACGGGCGAGAAGGUCAAGGACUUGUACAAGCAGCUGGUGGACCUCAGCAACCAGGCGGCCCGGCUCAACAAGCUGCGCGACACGGCCGAGUACUGGAUGUUCCCGUACGAGUCGCCGACGCUGAGAGCAGACCUGGAGGACGUGUGGGACAGCAUACGGCCCCUGUACGACCAACUGCACGCUUACGUGCGCCGCAAGCUGCGCGACCUGUACGGCCCGGACAAGAUCAGCCAGACGGCUCCCCUGCCGGCGCACGUGCUGGGAAACAUGUGGGCUCAGUCGUGGAGCAAUAUACUCGACGUCACCAUUCCCUAUCCAGGGAAGAACUACGUCGACGUCUCUACGCAGAUGGUGGAACAGGGAUACAAUCCAUUCUCCAUCUUCAAGCUAGCAGAAGACUUCUACCUGUCCUUGAACCUGAGCGCGAUGCCUGCGGAGUUCUGGGCUGGGUCCAUCAUCGAGCAACCCGCGGAUCGCAUCAUCAACUGCCAGCCCUCGGCAUGGGACUUCUGCAACCAGCGGGACUACAGGAUAAAAAUGUGCACACAGGUGAACAUGAAGGACUUUGUGACGGCGCAUCACGAAAUGGGACACAUCCAAUAUUUCCUGUACUACCGACACUUGCCCAAAGCGUUUAGGGAUGGCGCCAAUCCAGGCUUCCACGAGGCGGUCGGCGACGCCGUGGCGCUGUCCGUGGCCACCCCGGGCCACCUGCAGGACCUGGGGCUGCUGCAGACCUCGGUGGACGACCUGCCGCACGACGUCAACUACCUGUUCGCGCUGGCACUCGACAAGCUCGCCUUCCUGCCCUUCAGCCUGGCGCUGGACCGCUGGCGCUGGGACGUGUUCCGCGGAGACGUGCGCGACGACCAGUACACCUGCCACUGGUGGCAGCUCAGGGAACAGUAUUCCGGAAUCAAGCCACCUGUUUUAAGAUCGGAAACAGAUUUUGACCCUGGUUCAAAGUACCACGUACCAGCAAAUAUUCCCUACAUUAGGUACUUCGUGGGCACGGUGCUGCAGUUCCAGCUGCACAGCGCGCUGUGCAGGGCCGCAGGGCAGUUCGACCCCGGCCGGCCGCAGGGCAAGCCGCUGCACAAGUGCGACCUCUACAGGAGCAAAGAGGCCGGCAACCUCCUCAGCCGCAUGAUGAGGCUGGGCUCGUCUGAGCCGUGGAGCGAGGCCUUGUUCCAGGCCACGGGCGAGAGCCGCCUCAACGGCUCGCACCUCCGGGAGUUCUUCCGGCCGCUGGAGGAGUGGCUGCGGCUGGAGAACCUGCGCACCCAGCAGGCCGUCGGCUGGAACUACGAUGGUGAUUACUGCAGGAGAAGUCUGGAGACGACCGGGAUCCGAGUGCGGCUGCAACCCUACAACACCGCGGCGUCGCCCAGGUCUCCGGCCGAGAGCGCUCUGUCGCUGGCUGCGCAGUGCGUUCUCGUGUCCCUGGCGACGAGGAUCGCGCUGUGACUGUAGGUGCCUGGUCACCACCUGGACACCGGGUCCUUCGUGGAUGUCCUGAAACGGAUGACGCUGACACGUCGCCUUUUAUUCAGAACGUGGUUAUCUUCGAUUCGGAUGGUUGAAUACCCCGUCUGACUGAUGUCGACACACACUUUAAAUAAUCUACCACUCAUGACUAACUUUAACGUAUGUAUAUUGAGAGUGAGUUCAUUACGAACCCUAUAAUGGCAAGAAUUCAAAUUAUAUCGUGGGGUUAUCGGGAAGAUGUGGUCAAGUCCAGUAUCGUGAAAUUUUGUGUUUUAUAAUUUCUUAAAUUAAAGAAAACGGGUCUUUGUUUCUGGAAGAAGCCAGGAAGAGCAGAGCAUAUUUCCUUAUGGGUUUUUUUGGACGUAAACUAUUCUGAAACGUAAAAUUUUGUGUCAUUAUUAACAAGCAAAAUACUUGUACUUAUUUAUGUUUGUUACGAAAUUUUUCUUGUGACCUAACGACAUUAUAUUCCUUAUAUGCCUCGCUUGGCAGUUAAAAGCGGGAAUCCGAAUUAUUGUGCUAACUUUAUAUUGAACAUUAAAAUACAAUACUUUGUUUAGAUGUGCAUUAUGAACUCAAAGGGGAGUUGUUUGCUUGUAUUUUUGUUGACAAUAUUAAUAAUUUGGUUUCGAAGUUUGACUAAACAUUAUAUUAAAUAUUUUUCUAUCCUUCAAAAUUUAAAAAUUCAGGUGUAAAAUGAUGUGCAUAUUUCGGUUCAAUAUUUACUUUCUUUUAAGAAAUAAUUCAAUGAUGAAAAAAAUUCUCCACUAUAAAUAUGUUUAUUAUAAAUGAAAUAUUUGUUGAGAAAAUUGCUUUUAUUUAUUCUUCUUCGAAGUUAUAAAGUGGAUUAUUGGUAUUUACAUUCAACUUUGGCUUUAAUUUUUACCUAAAUGUUUUUACACGUAUUCUAAUAUUACACACUUUUCAAUUAAAUUAUCUGUAACAACUUUCUGAUAUCUGUUAUAGAACUUAUACGUUGUUGGAUUUCAUUUGCCUGUCUUGUUAAUUCAUAGCUAAAAUAACGUAUUGCCUUGCGUACAAUCCAGUGAGGAAUCAUUAGACUAAUAUAAAGUGAUCUUACGCUCAUGGAAUCUUAACUUAGCCACGUGAAAAGUGUUACCUUUACACGUGAGAUGCACCCGGAUCAGUUUUAGGCUUUGCAUUUGUGAAAAUUUUAAUUUAUGGUCCGGCGAAACCCGUACGAUAACAGAGAGUUAACAUUUCGAUGAUUAGUUGGAUUAAAAUAUUUUUCUUGAAUGAAUAUGCAUAAUUCCUACAAUAUAGAUACACUCGAAGCGAAAUAUGAAACCAUAUUUUGUGAUCAUUUUAACUUCGUAAGAAAAUUUUUUUGAAGUAUUUAUUUAAAAAAAUAUUUUUAAGACCUUAGUUAGAGUUUGAAUUUAAAGAAAAUGAUUCCCUGAAUAACUGUACGCGAGUAAGAAAAAAAUAACUAAUGUUUGCUUUGAGUGAUAACUUGUGAUAUAUUGUAGUAUUAUUUGUACAAAAUUUUCCAGUGUGUCAUUCAUGCAAAAAAAAAGUAUGUAGAAAUUUUUACAUGUGUAGAUAAUUAUAUUUUGUGAAUAAAGUGAUUUGUGAUAGUAA